UCAUGAUAUAUGAAUUACACUAAUAAGUAUUACAAGUACUUGAAAAUAUCUUGUUGCUUUCACAGUAUAUUUACAGUUCUAAUCUGUGCUUGAAGGUUAAGAAAUUUGGUUUAUGUUUGUCGUCUUGAUUGUCUGAUUGUAGAAACAAUUCUUCGAAAAUGACAAUUGUUCGAUUUUAUGUCAAGAAGAAGGGUUCGUGUGAUGAAGUGAAAAACAAAUUCAACACAAGUAUCGAUUCAGUAUUAGUGAGAGAUGUUGAGAUUGAAUUUUGUUAUUACAUUGAAACACAAAUUGAAUUGUCCGUUGAAAAUUUGGAAAAACUCAACUGGAUCCUUUGUGAACCUUUCGGCAAAUCUGACCUGAACAAGAUAUCUAGUUUAUCAACCGGUAAAGAGAAUGAACUUCUGAUUGAAAUAGGACCACGUUUGUCUUUCUCGACGCCGUUUUGCACCAAUGCAGUUUCAAUAUGUCAUCAUACGGGGCUUAAAAUGAUCAGAAAAAUUGAGCGAUCAACACGAUAUCUUAUAAAAGCAGACCGGCUUAUCUCAUCAGGAAUGGAAGAAAUAAUUGUCAGCAAACUUCAUGAUCCAAUGACACAAAUGAGAUAUCUGACUCCUCUUGAAAGUUUUGAAACAAACAACAAAAGGUUGACUUGGUAUGAAAUUGAUGUUUUAAAAGAAGGUGAAUUAGCUUUGAGGAAAGCAAACAUUGAUCUUGGAUUGGCCAUGGAUGAUCAAGAUAUCAAAUUAUACACAGAACUGUUUCAAAAUAAAUUGAAGAAAAAUCCAACUUCUGUGGAAUGUUUUGAUCUUGCUCAAUCAAAUAGCGAGCAUAGUCGUCAUUGGUAUUUCAAUGGAAUUAUGACAAUAGAUGGAAAAGUACAAGACAAAACUAUGUUUCAACUUGUUAAAGAAACUCAGCUGCAUAGCAAUAAUAACAAUGUUAUUGCGUUUUGUGACAACAGCAGUGCAAUAAAAGGUUAUCAGGUUGAUGCAAUUGCUCCAGAAGAAAUUGGAAAACCAAGUAGCCUAUGCAAAGAAUCUGUAAUGAGGCACAUCACUCUUACAGCUGAAACUCAUAAUUUCCCAACUGGGGUCGCGCCAUUCCCAGGGGCAACAACAGGCACUGGAGGGAGACAAAGAGACCAGCAUGCAGCUGGACGAGGAUCUCAUGUAGUAGCGGGGACUGCAGGUUAUUGCGUCGGUAUUCUCAAUCUAUCUCAUCAUGAGUUACCAUGGGAGGAUCAUGGAAAAUGGAAAACUCCAUCAAGUCUUGCAACCUCAUCAAGAAUAAUUAUUGAAGCAAGCGACGGUGCAAGUGAUUAUGGAAAUAAAUUUGGAGAACCUGUGAUUGCAGGAUUCUUUCGAUCAUUUGGAAUGAAGCUCCCAGAUGGUGAGAGAAGGGAAUGGCUGAAACCAAUAAUGUUUAGUGGAGGUAUCGGUUCAAUUGAGAAUGAACAUGUUAAUAAGUUCAAGUUGGAGAAAAAUCCUGACAAUAUGAAAGAUUUAGUAGUUGGCAAAAUUGGUGGUCCUGCAUAUUGCAUUGGUGUUGGUGGUGGAUCGGCAUCCUCACUUGUACAAGGAGACAAUACACAAGACAGAGAUUUUAAUGCAGUGCAACGUGGAGAUGCUCAAAUGCAACAGAAGCUCAAUAGAGUUGUUAGAUCUUGUAUUGAAAUGAAACGUGAAAAUCCUAUACUCAGUAUUCAUGAUCAAGGAGCUGGUGGCAAUGGAAAUGUUUUGAAAGAAAUUGUGGAUCCAGCUGGUGCAAUAAUAAACACUGAAUCAUUCACAAGGGGAGAUUCAUCUCUUACAACACUGGAACUUUGGGUUGCUGAAUACCAGGAAUCCGAUGCAAUUUUACUGCAUAAGAAUCAAAUUGAAACUGUGAAACAGAUUUGUAAACGCGAAAGAUCAACAUUAGAUGUUGUUGGAGAGCUAACUGGGGAUGGAAGAAUCAUUUUGUCUGAAGGAGAUAUUGCCAGUGGAGAAUCACCAACCAAAAAACCUCGUCAUCAAAAUGAUAUUUCAUCUAUUCGACAUCCUGUUGACCUUGAUCUCGAACAUGUUUUAGGAAAAAUGAAACCCAAGGAAUAUGAUUUGAAAGUCAAAAAAAGUUGCUUAAAACCUGUUAGAAUUCCAAAGGUACCUAUUCGUGAUAUGCUAUUACGUGUCCUCAAGUUGCCUUCUGUGAGCAGCAAAAGAUUUCUUACAAACAAGGUUGAUCGUUCUGUAACAGGAUUAAUAGCACAACAACAAUGUGUUGGACCACUUCAUACACCACUUGCUGAUGUAGCUGUAACAGCAUUGUCACAUUUUACAACUAAAGGAUCUGCCACGGCGAUUGGUGAGCAACCAAUCAAAAUGUUAGUUGAUCCGUGUGCUGGUGCCAGAUUAACUGUUGGUGAAGCAUUAACAAAUCUUGUGUUUGCUGGAAUCUCAGAUAUUCGUGAUAUUAAAUGUAGCGGGAAUUGGAUGUGGCCAGCUAAACUACCAGGUGAAGGAGCUGCAAUCUAUGCAGCAUGUAAAUCAAUGUGUGAAAUCAUGAAUAAACUUGGAAUUGCUGUCGAUGGAGGAAAGGAUUCGUUGAGUAUGGCAGCAAGAGUUGAUAAUGAAACUGUCAAAUGUCCUGGUGCUCUUGUAGUGUCAGCUUAUGCUCCAUGUCCUGAUAUUACUGUGAAAGUUACUCCUGAUUUAAAGUGUGCUGGAAAAAAUGAAGAAGGACAUCUUGUAUAUGUGCCAAUGAGUAAAAGUCUGGGCCACUUAGGUGGAAGUGCUUUGGCUCAAUGUUUCGGACAAAUUGGAAAUGAAAUACCUGAUCUUGAUGAUGUUGAGCUGUUUAUCAAUGCUUGGAAGACUACUCAACGUCUCAUUAAAAACAAGAAAAUAUUAUCAGGCCAUGAUGUCAGUGAUGGUGGACUUAUUACAUGCUUACUUGAAAUGGCGUUUGCUGGAAACUGUGGUAUAGAGGUUAACAUUUCAUCAAAUGAAGAUGAGACAUCUGUGCUGUUUUCAGAAAGACUUGGUUUGGUUCUAGAAACUGCUUGUUUGGAUGAAGUUCUUAAUGAAUUUGCGAGUCAUAAUGUCAAUGCGAUCUCUAUCGGAAAAAGUAGAAAAGAGAGACAGAUAUCCAUUUCUGUUAAUGACACUGUGAUACUGAGCAAUGAAUCAACCAAUCAAUUACGGGACGUUUGGGAAAGCACAAGCUUUGCUUUAGAACAUUUGCAAUGUGAUAAUGAUUGUGUCGAACAAGAAAGAAAAUAUCUUCUGGAAUGCAUAAAGGAUCCUCCAUAUCAUGUGAGCUUUGACCAAACGAAAGAAACUGUGCCAAAAGGAUUAUCCGCAAAAAAAAUUAAUGUUGCUAUUCUGCGAGAAGAAGGUAGUAAUGGAGAUCGUGAAAUGUGUGCUGCAUUCAUGAAAGCUGGAUUCAAGACAUGGGAUGUAACAAUGCAAGAUCUUCUGUCGGGAGAUAUUACUGUCGAUCGAUUUCGUGGAAUUGUUUUUGUUGGUGGAUUCAGCUAUGCUGAUGUGUUUGGUUCUGCUAAGGGUUGGGCUGCAUGCUCUCUUUUUAAUGAGAAAGUGAGGGAGCAAUUUGAUUUGUUUUUUCAUCGUGAAGAUACUUUUUCAUUGGGUGUUUGUAAUGGUUGUCAACUAAUGGCUCUGCUAGGAUGGAUCGGAAAUGAAAAAUCUGAUGAAAACACUCACAAUGAAAGCAAAAUGCCAAAUUUAUCCUGCUACCUCACUCAUAAUAAAUCUGGCAGAUUUGAGUCAAGAUUUGUCACUGUGAAAAUUAUUGAUAGUCCAAGUAUUAUGUUGAAAGGAAUGGAUGAAUCUCAACUUGGAGUGUGGGUUGCUCAUGGGGAAGGGCAAUUCAAAUUCAAGGAUGAAUCAGUGUUAGAAAAUAUCAAUAAGCUUGGUAUUGCACCAAUUCGAUUCAUUGAUAAUGAUGGAAUUGUUACUACAAAAUAUCCAUUCAAUCCCAAUGGAUCAGAACAAGGGAUUGCUGGAUUGUGUUCCACGAAUGGUCGUCAUCUUGCAAUAAUGCCACAUCCAGAACGUAGUGUAGAGAUGUGGCAAUUUCCAUGGAUACCUCAGUAUUGGAAUGGAAAAGUAUUAUCGUCACCAUGGGAGAAAAUGUUCUCAAAUGCAAUGAAUUGGUGUCUCCAGAAUGUGCAAUAACAUUUCCGUCAUUGGAAUAUCACGAAUUACAAUUGUACAGUUUACCAAAUAUCUGCUGUUUUCAUGUGCAAGUGUCCUUAAAAGAUAUUAAUCAGGUUUAUUCCUAUAUCGAUUAUGCUGUCGUUUUGUGUUGAAAACUCGUUUCGCUUAGUAUCUAUCAUCUAAUAUUUUCUGCAUUCCAAAUGAUAAAUGUUGCUUCCGUUUUUCGCCAAAGUAAAACUUGCCAAACAAGUGGUUUUUUUUUACAAUCUGUGAACUUGCCUUCUGUACCUAAAUAAAUAUUUGCACGAAACAACCAAAAAUCACUAUUAUGAUUUACUUUGUAUCAGAGCUGUACUGGCUAAGCAAAUCGAUAUGCUUGUAAAGGCGAUGUCCUGUCAGC